AUGACAAAAUGUCAAGAGGCUAACCUGAAGUUAGACGCUAUGGUGGAUGCACUGGACACCGCCAGCAUUGAUCUACAAAAUGUUAAUAAUAAGUUCAUGGCUCUAAGCAAUAGUCAGUUCAUCGAAAGUAGAGUCUAUGAUGACGACGUUGACAUCAAAAGUGACGAAACUACUCGGAAGCAAGACAUACCCCAAGUUGUACCAGAGAGUGACCUCCAGAAGGUCAAGCGCUGUCUCCAACAACUGGAGAUGAUGCAUGAGCCCGUUCUCAUCGUGGACAGCGAUAGCUCUGAUGAUGAAGAUAGCAGUAUGGUCCUGAAACCCAAAGACGUGUACGCGCACCGUCCCCUGCCUCACAUCAUUGGGUCUCAAGCUUGGAAGAAUAAAUGGCAUGCUGGUCUCCUACCAGAAGACAGUGACAGUGACAGCUCACUAUCCAAGCAAGACGCUGAGCAAUACUCGGACUCAGAGCCCGAGGUAGCCGUAGAGGUGACAGACAAACACGCACCGAGAACAAUAUCGUCAUCAUCGUCAACGGAGUCGGAAGUUCUACCUCGAGCGGGCCAGCCGGCCGCGUCGCCAGCAGAGGUGGCAGCGGAGCUGGCGAGGCGACUGGCCGCCGCGCACAAGGUACCCACUGAACCUCAGACAAUGUUACCUCCGGAACCCAUCAAGAAAGUCUACGGGAUGGACAAACCCUUGCCAGCUGCAAUAUUCCCCACCGAGCCUCCACCGCUGGACGCCUACGAUUCCGACAAAUACUCAGACGAUGAUAUAUUUGCCGAACUACACAAGAAACCGCAUCAAAACAGUUACAGGGACUCUCAAAAGUCAAAUUUCUCCAACAAUAUUGUUGAUGAAUUGUUUGGUGUUUCAAAGGACAUCGGUAACAUUGUACCAGAUUACGAUCAGGGUAACGAUAACAGAGACAAUUCACCACUGUUUGACGAUGUGUCAAGUUCCAAUAAACAAACAGACGAACAAACAGCCUCCACUGAUACUAAUAUAAAGAAGCCAAUAGGCGGUAUAUCCUUAUUCGGAUCUAAUAAAGGUGCGGAGAACAUCGGCGCCGCCAUCUUGAAACGUCACCAGAGGAAAUCGUCUACAGAGGACGAUGCUAGUGAUGAACAAACAAAACCGGUAAAACGACCGGAAAAAGAUAAAAACGAAAAGAAAAUAAUUGAAGACCUCUUCACUAAACCGACUGUCAAGAAAAAAGAUACAAGCAAAAAAAUAGAUAGCGUAAAACCUGUUGAUAAAAUUAAUAAUAAACCUAAAGAUAGUAAAAUAGAUUUGUUCAGUGAUAACAUAUUUGAUGAUAUAGAUGAUAUCUUUACCACAAACGUUACGAAACCUAAAAACGAUAAUAAUACAAAAUCUAUAUUUGACGACGAUGAUCUUUUUGCGGACGUAGUUGAGACAGCAACACCGAAAGACAAAAAAGUGAAUGUUGAGAUAGAUAAACCGAAAGAUAAAAAUGAUGAAAAGAGCAUAUUUGACAGUGAUGAUGAUUUGUUUAGUGAUAAUGUCAAAGACUUAGCGGCUAGUGAUGAUAACACUAUUUCAAAAGCUAAUGCAAGUACAGUAAGAACUUUAGAAGCCAAUAAACACAAUACAUUAAAUUCUGAAGAAGUUAGUAAAGAAACUGUAAAUAAAAAAGUUAAAAGUAUAUUUGAUGAUGAUAGCGAUGACGAUUUGUUUUCCGAUAUAAAGAUUAAAAAAACUGAAUUAAUAAAAGAAAAAGAUGCUGUGAGUGUUGUUCCCAAAGCAGAAACAAAUAUACCGAGUGAUAAUUUAUUUUCAAAUCGUAAUUCUAAUGUAAAUAAAAAUAUUACAAAUAAACUUAAUACUGUAUCAAAACAAUUUCAAAGUCCGAAUUUAUUUGAUGAUGAUGACGAUGAAGACCUCUUCGGUAUAAAUACUGAACAAAAUGUCAAAUCUAUUCUCAAAAUACCACUAAGUACUGAAAGCAAAAAUUCUCACGAACCUGUAGAAAAAGACAAAAUUAAUAAUAUUGUUGAUACUAAUGUAGAAAAGAAUAAAAAUCUUUCAAGUAAUAGUAUCAAUGAAAUUAUUAAUUCAGAAGAUAAUCUAACUACAGAAAAAGAAAUUACAAUUAGCGAUGUCAUAGAGACUACUCAAGUAAUACCGUCUUCUAGUAAAGAUGGAAGCUUAGAUGCUAAUAUUCUAAAGAAAACUCUUAAAGAAGACGAAAUAAUGUCAGAAGAAAAUAAAGAACAAUUACAUAAAAAAGAAACUAUAAAUAAUGGUGAAAAUUUAGAUGUCUAUAUAAUAAAAAAGAAUAAACGAGACGAAAUAAUAUCAGAAGAAAAUAAAGAAGAGUUACAUGAAAAAGAAAUAAAUACUUCUGAAAACAAAGAUGCUAGAGUUGAACUUAAUGUAGAUAUAAUUAAAGAUAAAGAAGAUAAUACACAAAAAGAAUCUCUAAUUUCUGAACCAUUAAUACCAGAAUUGAAAGAACCAGAUAUAUUCAGUGACAUAUUCAACGAUAUACCACCCGCUUUUGAAAAACCAAACGAAUCCAAAAGAAAUAAAAACGUAAACGCUCUAUUCGAAGAUGAUUCUGACGAUGAAGCGCUAUUUUUCAAGAAAAAUGAUGUGAUCAGUGAUGAAAAGCCAGAUUUAGACUACAGCACUGAUAGAUUCAGCAUAUUUCAUGAUGAACCGCCAGAUAUUGACGUCGAUUUUUCACAGAAACCGCUGAAAGCUACAAAUAUAACUAAUGAAAAAGAUAACGAUGAUCUAUUUAGUGAAAUACCGCCAAUAAAUAAUGAAAUAAAUGACAAAAUCGAAAAUAAAGAUUCUAGUAUUCUUGUAAAUAAACCUUUCGAAGCGGUAGAUAUAACCAAACUACUGGAAGAAACUGAUGUAAAGCAAGAAGUUAGUAUAACGCAACUUCUAGAAGAUGAACAAGAUGAUACUCAAAGUGAAGAUAAUAGUAAAACAGAAUCUAAAGUAGAACAAAUAAUACAAAAUAUUGAAGAGAACGAACCUGAAGAAAAUAGAGAUACACAAAUAUCAGAAGAAGAGAGUUCUAAGAAAUCUAUAGGAAAACUGAAACCGAUGAGUUUGAAUAUUAACGUCAACACGUUACUACCGGGAGCUUCGCCUAAAAAAUCUAAGAAUAAUGAAGAAACAGAUGGACAAACAGUAUCCACUCAUAACGAUGCUAUUAAAGAUGGUCCUAAUACUGAUACAAAAAUGGUGAAAACAGUCAGUUUUGAAGGAGAUCCAGAUUCCGAAGUGUUGGACAAUAAACUGUCUAAAGGAAGGGCUAAAAUACAAGUCAAAAGACGUCCGUCAACGAGACGCGCUAGAUUAGAGGCUGUUAGGAAAUCUGGAAUUGACUUUGGAUCAGAUUCGACAGAUAAUUCUGGUUCUUUUGAUGAACUUAAAACUAAAGCCACAGAAUAUGGAACUGAUUCGCCUGUAGACAGAAAUAAAGAUAACAAAAAUAUUGAUAGUCAAAAUAUCAUAGAUAAUACAAAUGUAAAUAAAACUACAUCUGUUUCAAUAGCAGAACCAAAACAAAAACCAGAAGUCAAAUCAAAAGUUGUAUACAUUCUAAAUGAUGAAGACAUAUUUUCUAACACAGCGGAAACUAUACAUAAAAAUGAUAAACCAAGUAAUAUUAGUACCGAAGUCACAAAAGAAACUAAUCAUAAAAAAGAUUCAUCAAAAGAUAAAGAUAUAAAAGUCAAUACAAAAGAUAGAAAACCAUUAUUCGAUGAUUUAAGCGAUGAAGAACUAUUUAGUAAGAAACCGGUACAUAAGACUAAAGAGAGUUUAUUUGACUCGGACAGUGACGAAGAGUUGUUCAGUAAGAAGGAGAAGAAAGUUGAACAGAAAAAAGAGAAAGUAAGAGUUUCUUUAUUCGACGAUGAAAGCGAUGAUGAUCUGUUUUUGAGUAAAACAACUAAAGUUUCAGAAACUAAACCAUCAACAGGACAAAAUCAACCAACGAAAGCUACAGAACCUGUAUUUGAAGAUCCUCUGUCGAUGCUAGGGGACGAUGAGAGCUAAUGCUUCAUUAGAUGUAAAAAAAAAAGAAUUAGAAGGAGAGGUAAGAAAGAGGUAGAAGAUGGUAAGAAAAGGAUAGUCUUUUUAGGCUUUUUUGUAGGUAUCAAGGAAUUUAAUAAUUAUUAAAUUUAAUGUAAAUUUGGAUUUAAAGAAAAAUCUAUUUUCAUUUCAAUUAGUUGAUAAAAAUUUACAAAAAUGAAAUAAAUUACUAUAUAUAAAUAUUGUACAAGGCUUAGAAUUGUGUUGAGAAUGGAAUAAUUCGAUGUAAUUAUGUAUUACUUCAAAAUAAAUGUGGCUGUAAAA